CGGGCCGGCCCAGGCCUCCGCCCGGUGAGCCGCGGGCCGGCGCCGCCCUCCUCGGGGUGACGCGGCGGGGCGGGGCGCGGCGCGGACGGACGGACGGAGCCGGCGGAGAGCGGAGCAGCCGGCGCGAUGGGGGCCCAGCUGAGCACGUUGGGCCACGUGGUCCUCUCCCCAGUCUGGUUCCUCUACAACCUGCUCAUGAAGCUGUUCCAGCGCUCCGCCCCGGCCAUCACCCUCGAGAGCCCGGACAUCAAGUACCCACUGCGGCUCAUCGACAAGGAGAUCAUCAACCAUGACACCCGGCGGUUCCGCUUUGCCCUGCCAUCACCCCAGCACAUCCUGGGCCUCCCUAUUGGCCAGCACAUCUACCUCUCGGCCCGGAUCGACGGAAACCUGGUCAUUCGGCCCUACACGCCCGUCUCCAGUGACGACGACAAGGGCUUCGUGGACCUGGUCAUCAAGGUUUACUUCAAAGACACGCACCCCAAGUUUCCCAGCGGAGGGAAGAUGUCCCAGUACCUGGAAGGCAUGAAGAUCGGAGACACCAUCGAGUUCCGGGGCCCCAACGGGCUGCUGGUCUACCAGGGCAAAGGGAAGUUCGCCAUCCGCCCGGACAAGAAGUCCAACCCCGUCAUCAAGACGGUGAAGUCGGUGGGCAUGAUCGCGGGCGGGACAGGGAUCACCCCGAUGCUGCAGGUGAUUCGCGCCAUCAUGAAGGACCCGGAUGACCACACCGUGUGCCACCUGCUCUUUGCCAACCAGACCGAGAAGGACAUCCUGCUGCGGCCGGAGCUGGAGGAGCUGAGGAACGAGCAUUCCGCGCGCUUCAAGCUCUGGUUCACGGUGGACAAAGCCCCUGAGGACUGGGACUACAGCGAGGGCUUCGUGAACGAGGAGAUGAUCCGGGACCACCUCCCGCCGCCGGAGCAGGAGCCGCUGAUCCUGAUGUGCGGGCCGCCGCCCAUGAUCCAGUACGCCUGCCUGCCCAACCUGGACCGCGUGGGCCACCCCAAGGAGCGCCUCUUCAGCUUCUGAGGCGGGCGUGCCGCCUGCCGCCCGCGUCCUGUCCCUGCCCGCACCCGCCCUCCCGCCCUUUACCCUCUCCCCGCAUCCUCACCGUGCCCGGGGCUCACCCCGGCCUUCGGGAUCCGGGUUUGAUUGCUGUGGCCGCCACGGCCGCCUUCAGGACAGGCUCCUGGCGGCCCGCACUGGUUCUUGCAGUGAUGGCCGCCCGGGCUCAGGCCCCCCUCGCCCACCCCACACACUGCGGGCGGCCGCCCUCCCAGAGCAGACACGGGGAGGAUCAGAUUACAGGGCGGUCAGAGCUGCGGGCCCCAGGGCCCCCUGCCACCGCCGGGGCCCCCUGCACCCCUCACUGCCCGCCAGGGCCGGGCCUCAGCACCUGACACUACAGGCGGGCACCACCCGGAAGGCCCUCCGCAGGGACUGCUGGGCGAGGCUGCCCAGCCCAGGCUGGGAGGAGGCCCCCCUGGCCCGCACAUGGCCCCUCCGGAGCCUCCACAUUUCCCCGUGGCACCCAGACAGGGCAGCUGUGGGAGUCCCAAGCUGUCGCUCAGUGGUUAGAGCCACCACUUCAGGGCCCUGGGCCCAGCCUGAUGCAGAGGAGGACAGAGCCGAUGCUUAUUUCUUCCUCCGCCCGCACCCGCCUCCGCUGCCCGCGCCGCCCGCGUGGGCAGACUCAGUGCCGCGUGGUUGCCUUUAGACAGCGGUGGGCUGGCCUCCAGCAUAGCAGCUUUUUCAGUCAUUUAUGAGCAGAGAAAACGUUGAAAUAAAACUUAGCUGAUG